CUAAAGACCAGACUUGUUUGUUUAAUCAACUUGAUGAAUCUUAUAUACUCACGAAGCAAUUAGCUGAAUGCGAAACUAAAGAGAAACAAAGAUUUCGCAAUGCAUCUACCGAUUUGAUUAAAAACCGAAUUCAACUAUUUGAACCUUAUUUUCCUGAAUUAAGUGAUCUUAAAAAUGAGUUACAAAAAUAUGUAAUUUGUGAAAGACAUUAUAAUCAAAUCAUUGCAAAAGAUAACUAUUUGGACUAUUUAAGAGAGGCUUCAACUAUUGAUAUCGGAAUUCAA